UGGCAUGGCUGUCACCCACCCUGAUGCUGAGGCACUGGAGGUCGAGACAAGGGGGCAGAGCACAAGUAAGACCUGGCACCGUGUCCGCGCCCAGCGUCUGACAUCAGACUUCAAGAGUAUAGUCUCAAGGGUGGCAGACUUCGAGACUCUGGCAGCCAGAAUGCAGAGAUCGAAGAGGACUGUGCAGACACAGGCCAUGAUGAGAGGAAUUGAGUUGGAGCCCGUUGCAGCUAUACAGUAUGAGGAAGUAACUGGACACUCGGUCUCCCCUUGCGGUUUCACCAUCAACCCCAACGCCCCACAUUUGGGUGCCUCCCCUGACCGAAAGGUGGUGGAUGACUUCGGUCAGCUUCAGGGACUGCUGGAAAUCAAGUGUCCUGAUGUGGACAGCUUUGUGGAGUGCAAGUACCUUUCUCUAAGACCAGAUGGAUCUUUUGCUCUCAAACACUGUCAUGGCUACUACAAUCAGAUGAUGGGACAAAUGGGAAUCACAGGGAUGAUGUGGUGUGACUUUUUUGUGAAGUGCCGAGAUGACUACCACCUGGAGCGAAUCUACUUUGAUGCAGAGGAAUGGGAGAAUAUGAAAACUAAGCUGGUUCUUUUCUUUUUCGAGUACUUUCUGCCUCUCCUGUGCCAGUGAGGAAAGACACACACACAGGGCUGUAUUCAACGAAGCUGUUUAAUCACAAUAAAAUAACAAAUAAGAUACAUUUCAUUUUUAUACUGUACAUUCAAUAUUUAUACAUUAGAUUGUCCCAUCUACAAUAUUUUCAUUCUUUGUCCUUUAACUUUAACAAAACUGUUGGUUCAUUUUUAACUAAAAUAUGUUCGGUCAACUGUCAUUCUGUUGUAGCAAUAAACUGGAACUUGCUACCAACUCAAAUCAUCAAUUGUUUACU